AUGAUUUUCAUGAUUAGACUAAUCUUGCUAGCCCUUUUACUCGUCUAUGGAGCCAAGUGCUUCGCUAGAAACACGCCCAAAGAUGUCCAAAAUAUUGAGUUCGAAAUAGACGAUUAUGAUAAAUCAGGAUCAAAUCCAAAACAUAAUCCACAUGAUUCUCCAUCUCGUCUACCUCUCGAUAUCCAAAAUACUCAACUACAAAUAGACGAUUACGAUAAAUCAGGAUCAAAUCCUAAACAUAAUCUACGUCGUCCUUUUCAUCCACCUCAUGAUAUCCAAAAUAUUCAGUUUAAAAUAGACGAUUAUGAUAAAUCGGAUUCAAAUUUCAAAUAUGAUCUACACCAUCCUCUUUCUCAUCCACCUUUUGUGAAAUCGAAGAUGCAAUGA